AUGGCUGGCUUGCAAGAAAUAGUCACCAAGGUUAUGGAGGCUGUGGAUGCGGACGGAGAUGGAAAAAUUUCAAAGGAAGAAUUUCUGAAGUGCUGCAAGACAGAGCAGGAGAGGAAGGAGCUGUUGGCAUUGUUCGAAAAGUUUGACAGUGACGGCAGCGAAACAAUAGACGCCAAAGAAUUGCUGAAGAUGGUAGAAGCUGAGCGGGCCAAAUAA